CUCACGACGGCCGCUCUCCGCCGUCUCCGGCGCAAAACAGUCCGCACACGCCACUAUCGUCUGUCGCACGCACUCGCCGUCGUCAGUUUCGUCAGCCCACACGCCGUAAGCGUACAAUUACAUCCUUUACACCGGGUCAGAGAGGGACAACUAUACAGCAACCCGGUCGACUGCGCAAUACGUACGUGUAUGUGGUCUCCGCGUAAUGUGUCUUUAGUCACGUUUGGGAUCUAAACAUUAUUAAGUUUUCGACUUGGAAAGAUGCGACGGACCGACUGAUUAUACGACUUCAAUAAAUGUUCCAGUGUUUUUCUUAGAAGUCGCAUAACACUCGAGAAAUUCACAUUUACAACUCAAUAUGCGUACAAUAUAUUGAAUCGAUGCUUGAUAUUUGGAUGACGGAUCGACCGGCCGGAGACGUAAAUGUAUGAGACAGAUUCUUCGUCGGAAUGAUUGACGAAACGGUCGUGGUGGCGUACAGGCGUGUAGAAGAAACGCCCGGAAAUCGGCAGCGGUAGAAGAAAAACCUGACUGGUGUCAAAUUCGACGGGAAUCUUCGAGCAUAGAGAUUCGUGGAGGAAGGGAGGGAGAGGAAAGAAAUUCAUUAUCUGUCGUCGCAUUGAGGAUCUGUACGGAAAAACUAAAGAGACAAAAACAGUCGGCUGCUGACGGCCGAAAUGAUCAACGGCAGUGGCGGCGGCGGGUUUGAGGCGCUGCAAAACGUCGCCCCUAACGUGUUUCCGCCCAUAUACAUAUCGGCCGGGCACGGGUCGAACGGCACGAACGCCGUCAACUACAGCGAGGCCAUCGAACGAGAAUAUGUCGAGGACUACGUAUUUCAGUCCGCUUUCUCGUUUGUCUAUCUACUCAUAUUCACGCUGGGCGUGUUCGGCAACGUGCUCGUCGUGUACGUCGUGUGGGCCAACAAGCACAUGCGCACCGUCACCAACAUAUUCAUCGUCAACCUGGCCGUGUCCGACAUCAUGCUCUGUGGGCUGGCCGUGCCGUUUACGCCACUCUACACCUUCACCGGCCAUUGGAUGUUCGGUGAGAUAUUCUGCCACAUAGUUCCAUACGCUCAGGGUACCAGUGUGUACACUUCCACGUUGACACUAACGUCUAUCGCCAUCGAUCGGUUCUUUGUCAUCAUCUACCCGUUCCAACCAAGGAUGACCAUAUGGACCACAGCACAAAUAAUCGCAACCAUAUGGAUAUUUUCUUUGGUAGCCACACUACCAUAUGGAAUUUACAUGGCUAACAAGGAGAUGUACGGGAAAGAUUUUUGCGAGGAGACGUGGCCGCAAGAGUCAUUUAGAAAGAUUUUCGGUGCGAUUACUGCCAUCCUACAGUUUGUUCUGCCAUUCCUGAUCAUAGCCUUUUGUUAUGUUCGAGUUUGGUUAAAACUUAACGACCGGGCCAGAUGCAAGCCGGGAACGUCAACGAAGAACGCAAGGCGAGAAGAAGUGGAACGCGAAAGAAAGAGCCGGACUAACAGAAUGUUGAUCGCCAUGGUGACUAUAUUUGGCGUGUCUUGGCUUCCGCUGACAGCCAUCAAUCUGCUAAACGAUUUCUACCUGCAGACGGCCACGUGGAAACACUACUACCUAUUCUUCUUCUCUGCUCAUGCCGUGGCUAUGAGCUCUACGUGCUAUAACCCGUUCCUAUAUGCGUGGCUGAACGAAAACUUCCGGAAAGAGUUCAAACAGGUGUUGCCCUGCUGGCGCAACGGUUCCGGGUACGGUACAACCGGGGCUGACGUUGGACAAGGGCGCCGCGGCCGCGUUGGCGGUUACCGGUCCGAACGGACAUGCAACGGCAACGACACGUGCCAGGAAACGUUAUUGCCAACGUCGAUCGUGCUGCCAUCCGGACGAACUACCGCUACCACAGAUUGCACCGGACUCGAUCUCGUAGAUGGAUUGAUGAUGGGCGAUCAAGAAGACAAUCAGGAUGCAGUUGAAGUGAUGUUGGUUGCAUACACACGUGAGGACGGUAUUUCUGGUCGUUCUAGUAACUUACAGCAAAACUCCAUUAAAACCCAAGUAUAAAUAUCUCAAUGAACUGAUAUCAAGACACUAAAGAAGGUUCAAUACGAUUGUAAUUUCCGCCACAAACUACUUUACGCCUAGCCCAAAAAUAUAAGACUAAUAGUUGCCUAAGAAACAUUAUAUAGAUUUAAUUUAAAUGUUAGUAUUAAAUUUAUUAUUCAUUAUUCUUAUUGAU